CGCGGGCCGUGACGUCACGCGCCACCCGGAAGAGGAGGCAAGCGCUGUUUGGUGGGCGGGCGAUCGAGAAGCCAACAUGGCCAAGAGCUACGACUGCCUCUUUAAGCUGCUCCUCAUCGGGGACAGCGGCGUGGGCAAGACCUGCGUGCUCUUCAGGUUCUCCGAGGACGCCUUCAACUCCACGUUCAUCUCCACCAUCGGAAUUGAUUUCAAAAUCCGCACAAUAGACCUCGACGGAAAAAAGAUCAAGCUGCAGAUAUGGGACACCGCGGGGCAGGAGAGGUUUCGUACCAUCACGACGGCGUACUACAGGGGAGCAAUGGGGAUCAUGCUGGUGUACGACAUCACCAACGAGAAGUCGUUCGAGAACAUCAAGAACUGGAUCAGAAACAUCGAGGAGCAUGCCUCGGCCGACGUCCAGAAGAUGGUUCUGGGCAACAAGUGUGACAUGAACGAUCGGCGGCAGGUGACCAAGGACCGCGGCGAGAAGUUGGCGGAGGACUACAACAUCCAGUUCAUGGAGACGAGCGCCAAGGCCAGCAUCAACGUGGAGGAGGCGUUUUUUACACUGGCCAGAGAAAUCAAAGCGAAAAUGGACAAAAAGAUGGAGGGGAACACUGCGGCGGAAAACAGCUCGGUGCAGAUCACGAACGCGUCGCACUCGAAGAAGAGCAGCUUUUUCCGCUGCACCCUGCUGUAGGCGCCGGCGACGUUGAGACGGCGCGCGGCGAUGACGGCCGCCGACCCCGCGACCUCCACCAUCGCCGCCCCUGCUUCGGACGCUGGGAGUGGGGGGGGCCCGCAAGCUGUGGAGAGCGUACUUUUCACGCGGCGAAAGGAAUGAGGCCUCGACGUUUUGCAGACUCUUUCUAACCCUUGGCCCCUCCCGUUUUUUUGUACGGGAAAAGAAAAAGCAGUGACGUAGAUUCUCGCGGGAUUUUUUUUACGCUGUUCGCUAGCAAUGCGAUUUUUAACCAAGCGGGACUUUUCUAAUUUACGUGCGGGCCAUCAUCGGCUAUUGCGCGACCGCGAAUUUGUUAUUCGGACAAAAUUCGUGUUAUAUUUAAUAGCAGCUCGUUCUUAACGCACCAAACGGCCGCCAGUUACUUAACGCUCGCGAUUCCAUGGGCGUGUCUUUGGGCGCGACCGUCGUCCUGAUUAAACUGAAGCCGCGACGCGCGCGUCACGGCUGGCGCCGCCCGCGUCGAGCCGACACUAGCAGAGCGCUCUGUGCCGCUUGCGCUUAACAGUUUACUCUCGCCUCGCUGGCACUGUCGUAACCGCUUAGCGACCGCCGGUCUCAUGCUCCCAAACGCUCGAAAAAGGCCCCGGGAAUGCACGGGCAAGCGAUCGCGUCUCCUGUCCCAGUGGCAGCUCGUUCUUA